GAGCGCGCGCUUCUCCAGUGGUUCCUGUUGCGAGGUAGAAGAGAGACGUUCGUGUUUUUCGUUCUCUCGACGGCAUUUUUUUUUUUCCUUUCGUAAUUCUCUACUGCGUUCCAGACUACGAACAUUUCCUUUCCACAUUUAUGAAAUAUAAGUGUGUAGAAAAAUCCGCCAUUCGACAAACCAACUCGUGUCUGUGUUGCCAUUUUUUCUGCGUCGUUUCGUCGACUUGUCAUGUGAAAAAAAAAAGUUUCUGCCUCCAACGGCUGCCAUUUUGUUUGAGGCCUAAGAAGAAUCGACGACAUCGGGCCACGCACACCCAAAAAAGAAGUAAAAAACUAAACUCGUGAGGAUUAAACCUUUUUUUGGGACAGUUUCUUUGUGUGUGUGUGUGAGUGUGUCUGUGUCUAGUGUGUGUGAGUGUGUAUAAUAUACCCAGUGUGUGUGUGUGUGUGUGUGGUGGCGCCCGAGUGGAAAGGAAGCCCCUGUAUUCUAUUUCCCUCCCCCCUACCCAUUUCUUUUUUAUUUUUUACAAUGGCGGCGUGGAAUUUGCCAUCUUGAAAAGAAAAAAAGAAGUGGAAGAAAAAGCAACGGCGUGGUUACUGUUUAAAAUGCUGUAGUGGAACAUCUAUAUGCAACGGCACAAUUCACUGUAAUUUAUACGGAACAGAAACUAUCGAUCGCGUUCAGUGUGUGUGUGAUUGAUCAUUCAUAGCAUAUUGAAAAGCAAAAAACAAAAUCUGCAUCUGCUGUAUUUUCUGGGUUAGAAGGCAAAAGAAACUUGAUCGAUUUUGAAACUGAAUCACUCAUCGUCACAUCGAGGGAUGUACUCGGCCAUGAAUCCAGCCGCCGCUGCAGCUGCUGCUGCCGCGGCCCGCCAUCCCGUCAGUCCCGCUCUACCGGGUCCGCCUCAACCCGGCCAGCCUUUCAAGUUUACCAUCAACGAGUCGUGCGACCGGAUCAAAGAGGAAUUUUCCUUCCUUCAGGCUCAAUAUCACAACCUCAAGUUGGAAUGUGAGAAACUGGCAUCGGAGAAGAUCGAAAUCCAACGACACUAUGUCAUGUAUUACGAGAUGUCUUACGGCCUCAACGUCGAGAUGCACAAACAGACCGAGAUCGCUAAGCGGCUGAAUGCUAUCAUCGCUCAAGUGCUGCCUUUCUUAUCGCAAGAGCAUCAACAACAAGUGGCCAGCGCCGUGGAACGAGCCAAACAAGUGACGAUGACGGAGCUGAAUGCGGUUAUCGGGCAGCAACUUCACGCCCAACAGCUCCCGCACGCGGCGGCUGCAGCGGCCGCUGCGGCCGGUCACCCGCCUCCGCUCCCGCUGGGCAUGGGCGGUCAUCCGGGCAUGCCACCGACAUCAGCCGGAGCUGCAUUGAUGGGACUGCCGGGCCAAUUGCCACCGCCUCCAACAGGACCGGGUGGACCGCCUCAUCCGCUCUCGCUGCUGAAUGCAGCAGCGCAAGUUGGCGGCGCUGGUGGAAUGCCACCCGGCAUUCCGCAGCCUCCACAAGGACCUCUGCAGCAGCAGCCCAAUGGUCCUCCAAUGGGCAGCAACAAGCACGAGUCACACCGCGAGCGUGAAAGAGAGCGUGAACGCGAACGCAACGCUGCUGCGGCCGCGGCCGCCGCCGCCGCUGCUGCUGCCGAACGUGAUGACAAACAAAAUAUCCCCCUCGAGGAGCGACACAGGAAUUCGAUCUCUCCGACGGAACGCGAAAAGUACCGCAAUGCUCGCUCGCCGAUGUCUAGCGGCGAUCCGCACGCGCCCGACAUGAAGAAGAUCAAACGCGAAGACAAGGAUGGACAUAUGAGCGAUGGCGAACGGAGCGAUCAAGACUUGGUGGUCGACGACGGAGGAGAUGAUCCCAUUACUCCUCCCAGUCGCAAUCACUCGCCCAGGGAGAAUGGAGUCGAUAAAUCGAAGAAGGAUCACAACUCGUCUCACAGCGGUGGACAUAUGAUGAACAAAGGGAAGCACGAAGGAGACAAAAACAAUGGCGCGGCUGGAAUAGCUCCCAAGCCUGCGACUCCAACUGGAUUGGGUGGUAUUCCUCCGCCAGGACCACCGGGAGCGAAAGGAGUGCCGAAACCCUCUCCACUAGGACAGUAUCCGCCAUACAUGCCACCAGGCGGGCCACCGCCGGACAUGGCGGGUGUGGCUGGACCCUAUGGACCGCCUCCGAUGCACGCCGGAUAUCCUCCAAGACCAAUGUUGGGAUAUGAUCCGCAUCCUCAAAUGCGUGGACCAUUGGGCUCCAUGUCGCAAAGCGGUGGCAAACCGGCUUACUCGUUCCAUGUCGGUGGAGAUGGAGUCGUCCAACCAGUCCCGUUCCCUCCUGAUGCUCUAGUCGGGCCGGGUAUUCCCCGGGCUGCUCGGCCGCUGAGCACACUUCCUCACGGAGAAGUAGUGUGUGCAGUGACCAUCUCUUCUCCCACGAAAUAUGUUUACACCGGCGGUAAAGGAUGCGUCAAGGUCUGGGACAUAAGCCAAUUUUUUGGCAGUGCCGGACAGGCCAAUGGAAGUAUGAACGGCAGCAAAUCCCCUAUCCCUGUUUCGCAGCUGGACUGCUUGCAGAGAGACAAUUACAUUCGCAGUGUCAAACUGUUGCCCGACGGUCGGACACUGAUUGUGGGUGGCGAAGCCAGUACACUCUCGAUUUGGGAUUUGGCUGCCCCAACUCCUCGCAUCAAGGCCGAAUUGACCUCUUCGGCGCCGGCCUGCUACGCUUUGGCCAUCAGUCCCGAUAGCAAGGUUUGCUUCAGUUGCUGUUCCGACGGAAACAUCGCCGUUUGGGAUUUGCACAAUCAGACGUUGGUGCGACAGUUCCAGGGACACACGGACGGCGCCUCUUGUAUCGACAUGAGCGCCGACGGUACUCGGCUGUGGACGGGUGGACUCGACCACACGGUGCGAUCGUGGGAUCUGCGUGAGGGCCGGCAGUUGGCCCAGCACGACUUUGCCUCGCAAAUAUUUUCGUUGGGUUAUUGUCCGGCCGGAGAUUGGCUGGCCGUUGGAUUGGAGAGCUCCACUGUCGAGGUGCUGCACACGUUAAAGCCGGACAAGUACCAACUUCACUUGCACGAAUCGUGUGUCCUUUCGCUGAAAUUUGCCGCUACUGGCAAGUGGUUUGUGUCGACUGGCAAAGAUAAUCUUCUUAAUGCUUGGCGGACUCCUUAUGGAGCUUCCAUCUUCCAGUCUAAGGAAUCAUCAUCGGUGCUGAGUUGUGACGUUUCCUCCGACGACAAGUACAUCGUCACGGGCUCUGGCGAUAAGAAAGCCACUGUGUACGAAGUCAUAUACUGAGGGGUCAUUCCCUAAAAUAAAAGGGAUAAAAAUUGAUCAACAAAAAAAAAAAAUUCAAAAAAGAAGAAAAAAAAAACAAAAAAAGAAGAAAACGAAAAUUAAAUCCACACCACAUCAACCCUUAUCCACUCCCCUCGACCAAUCAUAGAAUUUCUUCCUUUCUUUCAGCUGAUCGUGAUAAAUUGACAUUGCGCGCUUUAUGAUAAUCACGGUGCGCUGAAAUCUCUUGGUCAAGUAUCUGCCACGAGAAAAUAAUGGCUGAUGUCUUGGCCAGACAAGGAAAAGGCUUUUGAACUGACAUCAAGACCCAAACCGCGUGGCGCGCGUGUCUGUCUUUGGUUGUACGAGUGGUUAUUUGCCGUUGUGGAAAAGUGUUAACUGUCUUAACAACUCAAUAAUGUGUAUGUGUGCGAGUGCGUGUGAGCGUGUAUGUACGUGUGUAUAACCUUCCUCCCUUUUAUGGGUUUUUUCUUUGUCUUGUAUACCUCGUUCAUUUUUCACUCAUUGUGUCGCUGGAGUAAGUAUAAUUGUGUGCAAAAAAAAAAAAAACAAAAAAAAAGACGGAAAUGUAUGGCAGGUCUCAACCGCUUCAAUUAUAAUUGUAAUUUUUUUAGCCCCCCCCUCAGUACAAUGAUUAAAUAUUC